UGAAACUGGCGUGCACGCAAGACGCAAACACACAUUCCCACACACACACGCGCAGACUCACACACGCGCGCAGACACACACACACGGCAGCUCGAGGCUUCUCAGAUCUGCGCUGGGGCUCUUGAGUUUCAGGUGGAGAGAUCGCAGGGGCAAGGGUUCCGCGAGGGAGACGUUUUGGAGAAGGGGAUUCCGGACAAGGAGUACAAGAAGGAGAAUGACCCGUUGCUGAGAAUUUGCGGUUUACUUCUUUUUUUUCAGAAAGUGCGCAAGAGGGAAAUUAAAAACAGGAUGAUCUUGUCGUCCUCUAACUUGAGCUCUGGGAUGGUGGACCACAAACCUUGACCACUCGGUAGGAAGGUCCCCCCCCCCCCCCCUUGGGGUUGGCGGUCAAGAUGAUGGCUGCAUCUGGCAAGGGCUUGGUGCUGGUGGAGUUUGAGUAUGAGUACACCAACAGGGACGGCAGCGUGGUGACCAUCAAGCCCAACGAAAGGUACAUGCUGUUGGAAAAAACCAACGACCACUGGUGGCACGUGUGCAAGGACAAGCGCGCCAGGCCCUUCUACAUCCCCGCCAAGUACGUCAAGGAGCUGCCGUCGGACUUCCCCUCCCCGCUGGACUUCCUCCACCCCGCCGCCCCGGAGCCGGCGGUCAGCAAGAGGCCGGUGGACAGCGCGGAGGAGGGGCCGUGCGAGGUGACCAUCCGGGUCCACUCGCCCAGACGCCGCAAGAAGAAGGAGAACCGCAUGUCCACCUUCGGGGUUCCGCUCGAGGUCCACGACCCGGUCCAGAAACGGGGCGGGGUCCCCGACCCGCCGCACUCGCGCGAGGGCUCCAAAAACGCCAAGAGGUCCAGCGCGGCUCCCGCGGAGCUGCUGGUCCCGCAGUCGCCGGAGGACGACCUGCCGCCCUCCCUGCUGAAGUCCAAGGUUCCCAGCUUCAGCCCCGCCGACCCUGUGAUCAGGCCAACCCAGGCCAAGCCGGUGGAGACGCCCACUGUCAAGGACCUGGAGGUCCGAGAGCUGGUGGAACAUCCCAAACCGCCCGUGGAGUUCGAUGACCCGCCCAGGCCGGAUUCUGACCUAUCGCAGGACUCUGAGAAUAUUUAUGAAACCAUUUCGGACAUCCAGGGCUUGAGGCUACAAGAUUCGCCCGUCGCAGAGACGGCUCCGCCCCUUUCUCCAGCUCCGACUCAGGUGCUGGUGCCAGUUCCAAUUCCAGCUCCGCCCCCUUCGCUGCCUCCACUGCCUCCGCUGCCUCCUGUGUCACAGCUUGAGAAAACCAACCCUGACACUGCACUGUACGUCAACAAAUCAGAGCUGAAGAAGAGCGUUCCGUGGCUGGCCCCGCCCUCGUCCUCCUCCCCCGCUGCGCCCCGCCACCUCUCCACGGAUUCGGAGGAAUGGGAGGUGCACACUGACCAAGAGAGCGGGAAGGAGUUCUACUACAACCCCACCUCAGGGCAGUCCACCUGGGACAACCCCCGCAGCCCCUUCAUGGAGCCUGAUUCCCCCGCGGUGGUGCUGUCCUCUCCCUCUCCCUCGUCCAGCCCGCCCUCGACUGCCUCGGACUGGGAGAAGCUCCUGGACGAGGCCAGCGGGAGCCAUUACUUCUACAACCACGUGUCCGGAGAGACGUCCUGGGGACCCCCAGGGUUGGAGUCCCCCCCACCCGGGCCCACAAAGCCCCCGGGCCUGACAGAGCCCCCGCAGGACGGUCCGCCCCCCCUCCCCGAUGAGGACUACCCCGUGGAUGACGAGGAGCGCUCAAAGACACCCCCAAAGACCUUCCCCAAAGAUUUCACCUACCCCCCGCUGAAGCGCUCGGUCAUCCCGCGGGUCAGUUUGGAGACUAAGUCCCCCGCAGGUUGGACACGUUCGAUGGACCCAGAUGGCAAGAUGGUGUUCACCAGCGAGCACACGCAGGAACAGUGGAUCAAGUCGAUGGAUGACAGAGGACAGGCGUACUACUACCUGAAUGAUGGGUCCCGGUCUCAGUGGAACCUGCCUGAGAUCGCUUCAUGUCCUCGACCACCCCCCCCCACACACACACCACCCCACCCCACCCCACCCCAGCUUUCGGUGACCGCCAGCUCACCACCCAAGGUGGGGAAUGGGGUUGACUCCGAGGGCGUGUCUGUUUUGAAGAACUGGAGGCAGUCCGGAAGCUCCUCCUCUUUCACCCCCUCCCCUUUCAGCCCGCCUAAGGAAGAAUUGAAGUUCUUCCCCAGCCACAUGCGAAAUAUCUCGGACCAGGGCAGCGAUGCAUCCAGCGCAGGCAAUUCACCAGAGUUACUUCAUCAGGUUGAUAGGUUCAAACACCGGAGGAGCCCGUCCAAUCAGAGCUCAGAUUCUCAACAGCAUGCCCAGACUUUGGAAAAGGCAGGAAUUCUCAACAAAACCAAGAUAGCUGAGAAUGGGAAAAGGCUUAGGAAAAACUGGGCACAGUCCUGGACGGUCCUGCACGGUGGAAUUCUGACGUUUCAUAAAGACCCCAAGUUCAUGCCUGGCGGAAACCCGAACAAAACCAAUCAGAUCGUCCCAGAAUUCACAGUGGAGCUACGAGGGGCGAGUGUUAACUGGGCCUCCAAGGACAAAUCCAGCAAGAAGCAUGUUCUGGAGUUGAAAACGCGCCAUGGGUCGGAGUAUCUGGUGCAGUACGACACAGAGAGCAUCAUCAACGACUGGCACAAAGUGAUCGUGGAAACCAUCCGUCAGCUGGAUCAUGAGCAUCACUCUGAGGAAGAGAAUGAUGAGGAAGAGAAGUCCCCCAGUCCCACAGACGACAAGGAAAAGAGGAGAGCCAACAGGCCCAGCACAUCGAGUAACAGCGGGGAGACCGAUCAGGGGAGGGUGCGCACCAAACUACGCAAGUUCCUCCAGAGGAGGCCCACACUGCAGUCCGUCAAGGAGAAAGGCUACAUCCGGGAUAACGUGUUUGGCUGCAACCUGGACGUUCUGUGCAGUCGGGAGAACACCGCCAUCCCGCGCUUUGUUGAGAAGUGCAUCAAGGCCGUGGAGAGACGAGGCCUGAGUGUCGAUGGGAUCUACAGAGUGAGCGGAAACCUGGCCACCAUACAAAAGCUGCGUCACAAAGCGGAUCACGAAGAGAACCUGGACCUGGAUGACGGACAGUGGGAGGAGAUCCACGUGGUAACGGGAGCGCUGAAGCUCUUCCUCAGAGAGCUUCCCGAGCCUCUCUUCCCCUACAGCUUCUUCGACCGCUUCAUCGCUGCCAUCAAAGUCCCUGAUAAAAGACAGAAGGUGUCUUUCAUUCAGGACCUGGUUAAGAUUCUCCCACUGCCGAAUCUAGAAACUAUGAAGGCCCUUUUCAAACAUUUACGCAAGGUCAUCGAGCAUCACGAGGAGAACCGCAUGUCGGAGCAGAGCGUGGCCAUCGUCUUCGGCCCCACGCUGCUCCGGCCCGAGACCGAGUCGUCCAACAUGACCAUGCACAUGGUCUUCCAGAGCCAAAUCGUGGAGCUUAUUCUUCAUGAGUAUGAUCAGAUCUUCGGCCCGAACUGAGACUCUGGAAUCGUUCUGGGGACAGGGGACAGGGGACAUGGGACGGGACAGGGGACAAGGGGACACAGGCUAAAACAUUGGACAGUGUGGCUGGGUGGGGACUGCCGGGGUGGGGACCAUUUUUAUUUUCAGGCCUGUUUAAAUUGGUGGGGUUUUUUUGUCUGAUGUGUGAAUCUCCAUCUGACAGUCCGUAGGCCCUCUAUUCAAUCUCUAAUCCCUCUCUUCUUCCACUUUUCAUUUCCCUAUCUAUCUGCUUUGGUACUCCUAAUCUUCUCACUUCCUGUCAAGAGAUUAGGAUAAAGAAGGUUGUUAGCACUAGUAAAACUGUCUGGACCAAAAUGAGAUUUUUUUAUUGUUGUCAUUUUUGGCCACACAUCAACAAGCUGUGCUAACCAAAUGCCUUGAUGUUAUUAGAUGCGUACAUGAAGCCUGGGGUAACCUAAUCGUUUGAUGAUAUUUGAUACGUGCUGAUUUUGUGGCAUAUACGUGCUGUUCAGAGCAAUGCCAUUGUCUAGAUUUCAUUGGGAUUCCUUUAUAGGCCACAUUCAACCUUGGGAAGGUUUAUGAAAUAUGGAUUUUGCUGCAGAGUUGCUGUAUUUUACAAAACAUUGUAAUGAUGCUUUGUUUAAAAUGCCUUCAAAGGUAUGUUACUUUAAUAUAAAAAGGGAAAUACUGUACAAAAGAAUAGCCACUGUCAUUGCCUGAAUGUGAAAGGGAUGGUUAAUUGCUUAAUGUGUAUUGUACAACUUUUCUAAACAUUUAAAGUGGGGAAAAAUAUCAUUAAUGUAGCUACUUUAUAUUGAAAAGGCACAGUACAAUUAGAAAAGUAUAUAUGUUAUAAAUGAUGGUCCAUACUUUAAAUGACAGAUGGUUACACUCAACAGUUUGUUAGCGUUAUUGCUAUGUGAAAACUGGAUGAUACAAAAGUGUUAAAUCUAAGGUCUUUUUGGAAAAUUUGAUGGACAUUGUACAUACAUAAGAGAAGAUUUGCCCUACAAAUGUUCUUUUAAUAAAAAAAUAACUUAAUUUUU